AGAUAUUAGAGCGAGCAGACAGGAACAGCGCCCAGAGCGAGGCUACAGCUCCGAACACUUGUCUGCCAGUAUGAACAACGAGAAUGUUGUCAUCGUUUCUGCCGCUCGGACACCAAUUGGGUCCUUGAACGGGGCUCUGUCUACGGUGCCUCUGCAUGACCUGUGUUCAGCCGUGAUCAAGGAUUCUCUGAAGCGGGCUGGUGUGAAACCAGAUGAGGUUUCCGAGGUCAUCAUGGGACAUGUCCUGACAGCAGGUCAUGGGCAGAAUCCAACACGUAAAGCUAGUGUUGGGGCAGGUAUCCCUUACCCUGUCCCGGCCUGGAGCUGCCAGAUGGUGUGUGGCUCUGGGCUGAAGGCUGUGUGCUUGGGAGCUCAGUCCAUCCAGAGUGGAGAGUCCACUGUGGUGGUGGCAGGGGGCAUGGAGAGCAUGAGCAGGGCUCCUCAUACACUGCAUAUGAGAGCAGGAGUGAAGAUGGGUGACGCCUCCCUGCAGGACUCCAUGGUAGCUGAUGGCCUGACAGACAUCUUUCACUGCUACCACAUGGGCAUCACAGCUGAGAAUGUUGCAAAGCAGUGGGGUGUCAGUCGGGAGGAGCAGGACCGGUUUGCUGUCCAGUCUCAGAACAGAACAGAGGCUGCGCAGAAGGCGGGGUACUUUGAUCAGGAGAUUGUCCCCAUCAUGGUGCCAUCCAGAAGAGGUCCAGUGGAGGUGAAGGUGGAUGAGUUUCCUCGGCACGGUAGCAACAUGGACAGCAUGUCGAAACUCAAACCCUGCUUCAUCAAGGACGGCAACGGCACUGUCACCGCAGGAAAUGCUUCAGGUAUAAAUGAUGGAGCAGCGGCGACUGUCCUAAUGAGCCAAUCGGAGGCUGCACGGCGUGGCAUAAAACCCAUGGCCAGAAUUGUAUCCUGGGCUCAAGUUGGUAUUGACCCUUCUGUCAUGGGAACGGGGCCAAUACCAGCCAUCAGGAAAGCGGUUGAGAAAGCAGGCUGGCAGCUGGACCAGGUUGACUUAUUCGAGAUCAAUGAAGCAUUUGCUGCACAGUCAGUUGCUGUGGUCAGAGAGCUUGGCCUGAAUGAAGAAAAGGUGAAUGUGAGUGGUGGUGCCAUUUCUCUGGGCCAUCCUAUCAGUAUGUCUGGCUGCAGAGUGCUGGUGACCUUGCUGCAUGCUCUCCAGAGGACUGGAGGACAUAAGGGAGUUGCAUCCCUCUGCAUUGGUGGAGGAAUGGGUAUUGCCAUGUGUGUGGAAAGAGUUUGAGAUGAAUCCCUCCAUGCUCAUAGAUUGCACUUGAUCGCUUAUUUUUAAAGGAUACUGAACAUCAUUGUUUACACGGCAGGGUUAAAAGAAAGUUUACUUGGCUUCUUUCCGUCACUUUACUUGAGGCAAAAUUGAGCGUGUGCUUUAAUUCUCACUGUGAACUUCAUUUUAAACUUAACCUUCCUCAGGUUUUAGCCUUGUAAUUUUGUGACUUAAUGAUAGAAGUCUGAGGUCUUGUUAGUACAAAUAUGUAAAUCUAGCCUAUACUGAUGGCUAAUGCAUAAUACUAGUAGCCACUUAGCUCUCUUGUAACAGUUCUGCUAAUAGAUACGACACUGACACCAUACUGGAAGCAGUAGUAGUUAAGCAGACAACUGAUGAUGUCCCAUUAAAACCCAGCUGCUAUCAGUUACUUGUACAACUGAAUAAGGUUUAACACUAACUAUGAAGUAUAGCUUUUAGUACCAAGUAUGGACAGGGAUGUUGCUGUCUCUGCAGAGUAUUAUUUCUUGCUAAUUUUUAUUGUAGUAAGCUUGCCCUAAAAAAGAAAAAUCUUAUGCUGAUCAACAUUCCAGUAUCUUUCCAUGUGGAUUAAAGGGACCUUCUGUAAGCAGUAGCCUUCAAAAGUGCCAUAAGUAUGCUUGCCUUCUCUAACCUAGUGCUUCCUGUACGUCGGCAUGUUUGCAAACAUUUUUCCUGUAAUCUGAGAAAUUAAAGAAUUAUAAGCUAUAAA